AGUCAUAUAUAAAAAAUUAUUGACAGCAUAGAAUGAUCAUCAUGACCGAUCUAAUGGCUUAACUAUCCUGACUGUAAUUAUUGGUUGACAGUGCAGGCUUGUCUUUAUUGCUUGACUUUAUACGUUGUGUAAGCUGGCUUAGACUUACUUGUUGCUUUGUUCCAGUAUCACCUAUGUACCAGCCGAAUAUCUGGAGGAAUACAGGACCAGCUUGGGUGAGCAGACAGAAGAAACCUGUGAUGGUACCCAUUCAACCUGUGGAGAGAUUCCUGAACUUCCAGAACGAGAAGAUGGGGAAGGGGAAGAAAGUGAACUACAGAAUGCUGCUUACAACAACUGGAACCUACCAAGAAGAGUGGAGCUGUACCGUGAGCCGGGUAAAUCCCUGGGCAUCAGUAUCGUUGGAGGCAGAGGGAUGGGGAGCCGGCUCAGUAAUGGGGAAGUGAUGAGAGGAAUCUUUAUCAAGCAUAUUCUUGAGGACAGCCCUGCAGGAAGAAAUGGAACCUUGAAAACAGGGGACAUGGUAGUUCAGGUGGAUGAAAAUGAUCUUCGCGAUUCCAGUCAUGAGCAGGCAGUGGAAGCUAUCCGCAGGGCAGGAAAUCCUGUCGUCUUCCUGGUGCAGAGCAUUGUGCACAGACCAAGGCCUGAUUCUUUCUGUAGCCCUUCAUCAUCUCCUCUUAUAGGUUCAAAUCCUUCAGCCACACACUCUUUAAUCCAUCAUCCAUCUAAGAAGCCGCCAUUGCCUUUCCUGCAGUUAAAUCCUUUGCGUGAACCAGCCUUCAGUAUUACUAAUCCGUUUGCUGCCUCCUUUCAGACACCCCUUUUUCAGACUGUGACGGAUGAAUCACAUGAUGAGAAUACAUUGCCAAUACCAAAAUUAAUGAUCAAAAAUCCCUCUAAUGAAACUGAAGGAAAGGGAUCUGAGAGUCACAGUAGACUUUUACUCCGCCUCUCCCCAACUAACCCUUUUGCUCCUACUCCGUUUAAGGCGCCAAAUCGUUUGGAUUUACAGACAGAAAAAGUUUCCCCCUCCUGUAGUUCACUCCCUCCCCUGCCAGUGGUGCUCCCUGUUGGUGAAACAGACACCCUGCCAGAGAGACCAGAGCUGUUUGUGGAAAGUCCAGAGGAGAAGGAGGAUGAAUUUGGUUAUAGCUGGAAGAAGAUUGUACAACGCUAUGGAAGUCUGGAUGGGGAGCUACACAUGAUAGAGCUAGAAAAAGGGAAGACCGGUCUAGGCCUAAGCCUUGCAGGAAACAAAGACAGAUCCAGAAUGAGUGUCUUUGUGGUGGGAAUUGAUCCAUGUGGAGCCGCUGGAAAAGAUGGCAGGAUCAUUGUUGGAGAUGAAUUAUUGGAGAUAAAUGGACAGAUUUUAUAUGGCCGCACUCAUCAGAAUGCCUCCUCAAUCAUCAAAUGUGCACCUUCAAAAGUCAAGAUUAUUUUCAUCAGGAAUACAGAUGCACUCAACCAGAUGGCUGCUGGACCUGUGAAAGAAUCAGCGCCUGACAACUCAAAAUCCCACACAGAGGAACUUUAUACUGAAGUAUCAUCAGCAGUGAACGUUGAUUUGUUUAAAUCCAUCCAACAUGUCUUACUCCCCAAGGAUCAAGGGAGCUUAGGAAUCGCAAUCAGUGAGGAAGAUACAAAGAAUGGUGUGAUGAUAAAGAGUUUAACAGAGCAUGGUGCAGCAGCAAAAGAUGGAAAGAUCAAAGUAGGAGACAAAAUCUUGGCAGUAGACGAUGAAACUGUUGUUGGCCAUCCUGUGGAAAAGGUAAUUACUUUGCUUAAAAAGGCAAAGAGUACUGUGAAGUUGACGAUAAGUUCAGAAGAUCCAGCCUCACAGUCACCCUCUGGAAUGUCAACUGCCAGUGCCUCUGAUAUGAAGAGCACCAAGCCCUCUGCAGUGACAUCAGCUGCAGUGGGUACACCAGAAUCUGACCCACUCAGAAAUGCAAGCAGAUCCUCUACUCCUGCCACUCUAGUAUCAGACCCUGCCACCUGUCCCAUUAUCCCAGGAUGUGAAACCACCAUUGACAUUUCUAAGGGACGAACAGGCCUUGGGUUGAGCAUCGUAGGAGGAGCUGACACACUACUGGUAUAAUUAGUUGUUUGUAUG